AUGCCCGUUUUCUCUCUCUCUCUCUCUUUCCUUUUCUUUCUUUCUUCUUAUUUUCAAGCAAAAAUUCUUUUUUCUUCCAUUCCUUUGUUGGUUUGUUUUUUAUUCUUUCUUUCUUUCUUUCUUUCUUUCUUUCUUUUUUAUUUAUUUAUUUAUUUUCUUUCUUUCUUUUUCUUUCUUUUUCUUUCUUUCUUUAUUUUUUCUUUUUUUUCUUUCUUUCUUUCUUUCUUUCUUUCUUUCUUUCUUUCUUUUUCUUUCUUUCUUUAUUCCUUUCUUUUUCUUUCUUUCUUUUUCUUUCUUUCUUUCUUUCUUUCUUUCUUUAUUCUUUCUUUCUUUAUUUUCUUCCUUUUUUCUUUCUUUUUUAUCCCUUUCUUUCUUUCUUUCUUUCUUUCUUUCUUUCUUUCUUUCUUUGCAUUAAUGUCUUAUUCUAUAGAUUUGCUUAAAAAACUUUUUCGUUUUUUUUUCCCAAAGAUUUUCUUUCUUUUUCUUUCUUUCUUUCUUUCUUUCUUUCUUUCUUUCUUUCUUUCUUUGAAUCAGGUCUUCCUUUCUUUUUUCUUUCAUUGUCCAAAAUAUUUUCUUUCUUUCUUUUUGGGGCUUCCUCAUGUUCAUAUCUUUCCCUUUUUCUUUAUUCUCUCCUCAAACACGUUCGUCUCUUUGAUGCCUAACGUUUCUUUCUUUUCUUUCAUUUGUAUUCAUCGUUUUCUUCUUUCCUUCUUUCUGUUUUUGCUCUGUUUACAUGCCCAUAAUUUUCUUUCUUUCUUUCUUUCUUUCUUUCUUUCUUUCUUUCUUUCUUUCUUUCUUUCUUUCCCUUCCUCUCUUCUUUCCAAAACACCCACUCGCCCCUUACUGACUCACUUUCUUUGCUUCUCUUUCUCUAAAGAUUUAAUUCAUCACUUCCGGUCGGCCAUGUCUCGUAACUUACCUGAUAAAUACUCGACUUCAUUAUCUCAUCAUAUUUAUAUACGAACCGAAUGA